AUGCAGAAUGGUCGGGCAGACCGGAUUCAUGGAAUUUUCAAAAGAAGAUGGAACGACAGGGAAUUGAAGUUUGCCCGGACAGUGAUUUUUACCGUGGAGGAGAUCAACAAAGAUACCAAGCUCCUUCCUAACGUGCGUCUGGGUUAUAGGCUGUUUAACGGCUGUGGGAGCGAAAACCUGAUACGAGCAGCCAUAGAUGCAGUAAAUGGAGAGAAUUCAAAGGGCUGCAGUGGUCAGAUCCAGGCUCUCUUAGGCCAUUCAUCUUCUGGAGUGAGUAAAAUCAUAAACAUCAUACUAAGCCCACUAUCCAUUCCACAGGUUAGUCAUCUUUCAACCUGUGCUUGUUUGAGUGACAAAAGACUCUACCCUACAUUCUUCAGAACUGUGCCAAGUGAUCAAUUUCAAAUCAUCGGUCUGGUGCAGCUCAUGAAAUACUUUGACUGGCGCUGGGUUGGGAUCAUUUAUUCUUCAGUCUUGUACUCAGAGAAAGGCACAGCUGAAUUCACUAAGGAAGCAAAGAAAGUGGGCAUAUGUGUUGAAUACAGAUUACCUUACUCUAAGACGAACAAAAUCAAGCUGAAUACUAUUGUACAGACACUAAGGGAAUCCUCGUCAAAGGUGGUCCUGUUGUUUAUGUCCUUGUCUUACACCAAAUCGUUCCUGUCAGAAAUGGAGAAUUAUAACAUAACUGGGAAGCAGUGGCUUGGCAGUGAGUCUUGGAUCACACAAGCAGACCUGUCUUCUAUUGAGAGACAAAACAUUUUACAGGGGGCAAUGGGCUUUGCUCUCCCUCAGGCAUCCAUACCAGGUCUUGGUGAAUUCUUACUGAGCCUGAAACCUUCUGAUGAACCACAGAGCGCUGUAAUUGCAGCUAUCUGGGAGAAAUUCUUCGACUGCAGCUUCUCUCCAUCAAAUACCUCUGCUAUGUGCACGGGCACAGAGGAUCUCAGGACAGUCUCCAGUGACUACACAGACGUGACACACUUCAGGGCUGAGAACAAUGUGUACAAAGCUGUGUACUUGGUUGCAUAUGCACUUCACACACUAUUGCAAUGCAAAAAUGGCUCGAAUCCAACCACGGGAAAGCCCUGUGUGAACAAGAGCCAAGUUCGUCCUAAACUAGUGUUGGAACAUAUUAAGUAUGUGAACUUCACAACACAGAAUGGGGCCAAGGUUUUCUUUGAUGAAAAUGGAGACUCAGUUGCCCAGUAUGAUUUAGUGAACUGGCAGAUGAAAGAAGAUGGCUCUGUUGAGAUUGUCAGUAUUGGUCAAUAUGAUACCUCUUUUCCAGAUGGGAAAAAAUUCAAACUCAAAGACAACAUCAAAAUAGUUUGGGGAGGAAACAGCAAUGAGGUGAUAAGGUCUGUCUGCAGAGAACCGUGCCCACCAGGGACCCGUAAAGCAAUAAACAAGUUUAAGCCUGUGUGCUGUUUCGACUGCUUUGAGUGUCCUGAGGGAACAAUAAGCAAUCAGACAAAUUCUCCAGAUUGUUUGAGCUGCCCACCUGAAUUUUGGCCAAAUGAAAAGAAAGAUCAGUGUCUUCCAAAACCAUCUGAAUACCUUUCCUACGAAGAGAUCAUGGGAGCAGUUUUAACAGGAUUUGGCUGUGUUGGCGUAUUUUUGUCUCUUCUGACAUCAAUCAUUUUUUUGACUCAUAAAGAGACUCCAAUCGUAAAAGCCAACAACUCUGAGCUGAGCUUCCUGCUACUAUUCUCCUUAAAACUGUGUUUCCUGUGCUCUCUGACCUUCAUCGGCCGGCCCUCCGAGUGGUCCUGCAUGCUGCGACACACAGCGUUUGGCAUCACCUUUGUCCUCUGCAUCUCUUGUGUUCUUGGGAAAACUAUUGUUGUUUUAAUGGCCUUCAGAGCCACACUUCCAGGCAGAAAUGUCAUGAAAUGGUUUGGUCCUAUACAGCAGAGGCUCAGUGUUCUGACUUUCACCCUCAUUCAGGUUGUGAUUUGUGUACUUUGGCUGACAAUCAACCCUCCAUUCCCAGAGAUGAAUAUGAAGUACUAUAAAGAAAAGAUAAUCUUGGAGUGUGCCCUGGGUUCAGCUGUUGGAUUCUGGGCUGUGCUGAGUUAUAUCGGACUUCUUGCUGUCUUGUGUUUUAUACUUGCUUUUCUUGCCAGAAAGCUGCCAGAUAGCUUUAAUGAAGCCAAGCUGAUCACCUUCAGCAUGCUGAUAUUCUGCGCAGUAUGGAUCGCAUUUAUCCCAGCAUAUGUCAGCUCACCUGGGAAGUUCACUGUAGCUGUGGAAAUAUUUGCCAUCCUGGCCUCCAGUUUUGGUUUGCUGGCAUGCAUUUUUUUCCCGAAGUGUUAUAUUAUUAUAUUCAGGCCUGAACAAAACUCCAAAAAACAUUUGAUGGGUAAAAUACCACCAAGAACUCUCUGA